AUGGGAUUUAAAGUCUAUUCUUUUGGGUCAAAUGGGAAAAAUCAGUUGGGGUUCCCGCAUGGAGAGGAUUUAAUGGUACCACAACUGACGUUGUCUACAGAUGUUGGGUUAGAUGCAGCUUUUGAGGCAUUAUUUCUUUCUACAAAUGGUCAGUUGCAAAAAAUAGCUUGUGGUGGAAAUCAUACAGUGAUUCUAUUGAGGGAUGGUGGCAUACUUAUGACUGGUAAUAAUGAAUCAGGCCAGUUAUUAGGCGACAUUAACUGCAAAAGUAUUAACAGAUGGACCAAACCAGAUGACACAUGGAAUUUCGGCUAUCAAGAAGGUAGCAAGGUCACUGGUCAAAGUGAGAAGAAUAAUAAUAAUAUUGAAUACGUAGUUGAUGUUACUUGUGGUUGGGACUUUACUAUGGUGAUGACUUCAUUAAAUAAAGUGUAUAUUAGGGGUCAAGGGUUGAAAGGUGAGUUAGGUGCGGGUCCAGAUAUUGUGCAGAGUUCCAAAUUCAUUGAGGUAUUUCAUUCAGAUGAUUUAACUGACAAGAUUCAGAUUUUUUCUUCAUUUCAAAAUUGUGUCAUAUUAGUGACAAAUCGUGCUAACGGAUAUAGUAAAGUUUAUGGAUGGGGGUCUAAUAUUAAAUGUCAAUUGUGGUCUCCUAAAUGUAAAAGCGUAUUUGAACCAUCUUUGAUAUAUGAAACACAAGAUCAUGUUAUUGAUUAUGUGUCCAUGGGGAAGGAUUUUAUGGUUUAUAUAGAUGCUAAUGGUUCAAUUGUCCAUACCACUGGGAAUUUACCAAAGACAUUUGAUUUAGAAUCAUGGAGAAAUCGAAUUAAUUUAACUGUGCUAUCUAUGUGGUCAUCAAUUCAUAUUAUUCAGAAGACACCAACAUUUAAAAUUUCUUCAUAUGGGUUUAAUAUGCACAAUCAAUUACUAAAAAAUGAUGAUGUGACAGGUCUUAAGGUAAAUACAGUGGCUCUAGGUAGCGAACAUGGUAUUAUGGUAUGUGAUGAAGAUGGCAAAGUUAGUGUCAGGUGUUGGGGAUGGGGUGAACACGGUAAUUGCGGAUCAUUACAAAAGAACAAAUCUAUAAUAAUCAACGACCGUUCUAAUGAAUCAAGUCUCCUGAAUGAAGUUAUGUCUAUAUCAAAAGAAAAUGAAACUAGGGUGGAUGUUUUUGGUGGAUGUGCUAAUACUUGGAUAGUUAUUUCAGAUUGA